AUGGACGCCAAUGGCGCCACGCUGCUCCUCUUCGCGCUGCUACUGCUGCUCACCGUCUGCUGCUGCUGCUGCGUGUCCGUGGACCAACCGGAUCGGCCGGCGGAGUCCCCGGAGCGGAGGGUCGCUCGGGCGUUGGCGGAGUGGGAAGCGUUGGCGGCGAGGGCGGAGGCAGCGUUGGCGGCACGGGCGGUGGCGGCGGUGGCGCCCGUUCUGACGCCGCUGCCGUACUUCCCGUACGCGCCGCGUGCCGGCGUGGUGGCGGAGUGCUCGAUCUGCCUCGAGCCGCUCCGGCAAUGGCAGCUUUGCAGCGAGGUGCCGGCGUGCCGCCACGUGUUCCACAGGGAGUGCCUCGGUGCGUGGGCGAGGAGCAACGGCAGCUGCCCGCUGUGCAGGGCGAAGAUCGUGCCGGGACGAUCAUCAGAUGGAGUAGCGGUUGCUGAUGUCUAA